GACCGCCAUGACUGCAGCUAUGACUACAAGGCUGUGGGUCGUGAGACGAUCGCCAGAGAAAAUCCGGUCGUCAAGGCGGCGAAGAUCGUCAAGCUGAUCGAUUAGGAGAGAUGGUCUCGAAUGGCAUGCGCGUGUAGUUUCGUUCGAACAGGAGGGCAAAAGGGUAAUUAUGAAAACGUAUCUGGCAAGCACAGUUACGAAUUUAUUAAAGAAGAGAUGAGCCUCGUGUACGGUAAUAACUUCACGCACCCAGAAGCAGAGUUCAUAAAGAACGAAGAUUUCAUGGAUCCUUAUUUCCCAAACCAGCAACAAGAACAGCUCAUUCGCACCAAUGGUGCGGCUCGUUACCGGUCAACACCAAGCCCUUUCUUCAACAACAGCUUCGAAAAUGGCGGCAAUUACCGGUCUUUCCGGUCACCCAGCCCAGAGAUGGACAGUUUCUUUGCAGAUGUUAUGAAAACACAUGAGAACAAAGAGCCAAUCACGCAUCAGAACAAUGAUCUUCUUGGUCUGCAGAAUUCAGGGAACUGUCAUUCUUCGGUGAACGGUUCGUUCAGUUUCAUGAACAAUGGCAGUUCCAAUGGAUCUUGUCUGAUGAAGCAACAUAGUUCUCCUCCUGGAUUAUUGUCCGAUUUGAUGAUUGAAAACGAGUUCAAGAACUCGAACAACAGUCACAAUCAUAUGAACAUGAAAUACAGACCACCAGUGUCAGGCUCAAGCAUCAUGCCUCCUCAUGUUUCAGACCUCGGAUCUGACUUCUCCAGCGAUUCGUGGAACAAGAAUACAUCGUCCGAUGUCUUUAAAGGAAUCGGAGGGAUGGAUAUCACGUUUUCGGGUUCUGAAACUCAGAAUGGGAGUUCCAGGAACAAAUUGGCUCACCAUUUGAGCCUGCCGACUACUUUCUCCGAGAAGGACAGUGUAGAAAAGUUCUUACACUUUCAAGGGACGUCGGUUCCGUGUAAAGUCAGGGCUAAACGAGGCUUUGCAACUCACCCGCGAAGCAUAGCUGAAAGGGUGAGAAGAAACCGAAUUAGCCAGAAGAUGAAGAAACUGCAAGACCUUUUCCCAGAUAUGGAUAAACAAACGAGCACGGCGGAUAUGUUAGAUAUGGCAGUUGAUCAAAUCAAAGAACUUGAGAAGCAAGUAAAGGCUCUCAACUAUUCACGGGCCAAAUGCAGAUGUUCUGGAAAAAACUGAGAGAGAGAGUCUUUGUCCUCCAUCUGUUUUCUCUGUUACAAAUCAUGGUUCUGUCUGUAACAUUUUCUUCAUAGAUUUCACGUGUUCAUAUUGUCUAUUUUUGCUGUUUCUUGCUGGGUUUUGUUUUUCCAUUUAUAUUCACCGUUUUUUUUUGGGAUAAGUGUUCAACUGUAAGAGAGUAUUGAAUUCGUAGCAAAAUCGAGAUCUAUCAAGUCGUUCGUUGUUAA